GCGUGAGGUGAAGCGCUUUGUUGAUCUGACUGCUGAUGAGACUCAUGAUUUAUGGCUUACAGCGCAAAAAGUUGGUGGUCGACUUGAGUCGCUCCACAAGGCAUCUUCCCUCACAUUUGCAAUCCAAGACGGGCCUCAGGCAGGACAGACAGUUCCUCAUGUUCAUAUCCACAUACUCCCACGCAAAAGUGGUGACUUUGAGAAAAAUGAUGAAAUUUAUGAUGCUAUAGACGUGAAGGAGAAUGAAUUAAAGCAGCAGCUUGACUUGGAUAAGGAAAGGAAGGACAGAAGCCUUGAAGAGAUGGCUCAAGAAGCAAAUGAAUACAGAAAGCUUUUCUCCUAA